GACGCGCAUGCGUGCCAUUCUCUCCCGUUACCCGGAGACAGCGCUGAACGGAUUCCAGGGCUAGGGUAACCGCACAAACGGGAGCCUGGCAUCGCAUUGAACUGGAGGGCCGAGCGAUGCCCCGGAGGAAGCCUGUUCCAUAGAGGAAUGCUGGAAGCAGUUCGGAUGGGACAGAAGAUUCCGAUUUCUCUACAGACAUGGAGCACACAGACAGUUCUGAAAGCGAUGCCAACUCCCGAGGUCCUGCCCGCAUCACCCGCUCCACAGCAAGGCUCAGCCAGAGCUCACAAGAUUCCAGUCCGGUUGGCAAUCUGCAAUCGUUUGGUGCAGAGGAGCCGGCCUACUCCACUCGGAGGGUGACCCGCAGCCAGCAGCAGCCCACCCCCGUGACUCCGAAAAAAUACCCGCUCCGACAGACCCGCUCAUCGGGAUCGGAAACCGAGCAGGCUCUGGACUUUUGUGACAGAGAUGCCAAAAAUGCUGGGGAUCAUGACGAAUCCCCUCCUCGCACUCCUACCGGAAACGCACCAUCAUCAGAAUCUGACAUAGACAUUUCAAGCCCCAAUGUAUCUCAUGACGAGAGCAUUGCAAAGGACAUGUCCAUGAAGGACUCAGGCAGUGACCUGUCGCACAGACCUAAACGAAGGCGGUUCCAUGAAAGCUACAAUUUCAAUAUGAAGUGUCCCACCCCUGGCUGCAACUCUCUAGGACACCUCACUGGAAAACACGAGAGGCACUUUUCAAUCUCUGGCUGCCCUCUAUACCACAAUCUGUCUGCAGACGAAUGCAAGAAUUGUGAUGAAUUUCAGGUAAGAGGACAGAGUCGUGACAAACAGGUGGAAGACCGAAUGCUGUCCCACAGGCAGGAUGAGAAUAACAGGCAUGCCACGCGGCACCAGGCUCCCACUGAACGUCAGCUCCGAUACAAAGAGAAAGUCACUGAAAUGAGAAAGAAGCGCAACUCCGGCUUAACCAAAGAACAGAAGGAGAAGUAUAUGGAACAUAGACAGACCUAUGGUAACACAAGGGAGCCGCUGUUGGAGAACCUUACUAGCGAGUAUGACCUUGAGCUUUUCCGAAGGGCCCAGGCUAGAGCUUCUGAGGACUUGGAGAAACUUCGGUUGCAGGGUCAAAUCACAGAAGGAAGCAACAUGAUAAAGACAAUAGUGUUUGGCCGAUAUGAGCUGGACACCUGGUAUCACUCUCCGUAUCCUGAGGAGUAUGCCCGGCUAGGACGGCUGUACAUGUGUGAGUUCUGUCUUAAGUACAUGAAGAGUCAAACUAUCCUGCGCAGACACAUGGCGAAGUGUGUGUGGAAGCAUCCUCCUGGAGACGAGAUCUACCGCAAAGGAUCCAUCUCCGUUUUUGAAGUAGAUGGCAAGAAGAACAAGAUCUACUGCCAGAACCUGUGCCUCCUCGCCAAGCUCUUCUUAGACCACAAAACCCUUUAUUACGACGUUGAGCCUUUUCUGUUUUAUGUCAUGACGGAGGCAGACAACACUGGCUGCCAUCUCAUAGGCUAUUUCUCAAAGGAGAAGAAUUCUUUCCUGAACUACAACGUGUCAUGUAUCCUGACUAUGCCACAGUACAUGAGACAGGGAUAUGGGAAGAUGCUCAUAGAUUUCAGUUACUUACUAUCCAAGGUAGAGGAGAAGGUGGGCUCUCCAGAACGCCCGCUCUCUGACCUUGGCCUAAUAAGCUACCGUAGUUACUGGAAGGAAGUUCUGUUACGAUACCUGAACACCUUCCAGGGCAAGGAAAUCUCUAUAAAAGAAAUUAGCCAGGAAACCGCUGUGAAUCCUGUUGAUAUUGUAAGCACCCUGCAGGCUUUACAGAUGCUGAAAUACUGGAAAGGAAAACAUCUUGUACUGAAGAGACAGGAUUUGAUUGACGAAUGGGCAGCAAAAGAAGCCAAAAGAAGCAACAGCAAUAAGACAAUGGAUCCGACCUGCCUGAAAUGGACACCCCCCAAAGGAACAUGAACCCUUUUAAUAUUCCAGACCCACAAUCUGCAGUCUCCUCAGUCACCUAGUGUUUCUUAUAUGGAAUUACAGCAGGUUUUCUCCGCCAAACUCUUCUUCCCAUGGUAAACCGCACGCCACCCAUGGGGGUCACCUCCAGCCUUCCUCAUCAGACCGGUAUCCGCAGAUUCAGCUUAUGGGAUGUACAAGAUUACUGAGCAUUUGUAUUCACUUCCACUUAAGAUAAAAGAAAGUGUCCUCUUAAUGCCACGUUUGAGCCACCAAGUGUCAUGUCUAGGGCUUCAUGAAUGUGGAAAAAGCUUGGACAGAGUAGUGAAAUAUGUAUGGCUGCUUCCACCCUACAUUUUGCAGUGAGGUAACCGUCUGAAGAAUUUCCUGACAGAUGCCAGUGUAUAGGCUUCGUUGACCAUAGACGUCUGUUAUUUUUACUGGGGGCAUCUGUAAGAGGUAGCCCAGACUAUUUUAUAUAGCAGGAAAAACUGGUAUGUUGAUGUAUGCCAGCCCAACUGAGGCCAAAAAGAGUGUUGGUCAAUGGCGGGCUUAUGGAUAUGCCUAAUGUGUGCGCUUGGUACUUUCCUGGUGCACAGGUGAAUGGAUACUGCAAAACUCAGUGUGAAAGUAGCCCAUGUCUUAUGGAUUCUAACUUUGGUGAAGUGUAUACACACUGAUCAAAAUGGCAGCUCUAGAUAUCUGUAUAGUCUCAAUGCUGGAAUAUCUGACCGGGUUGUAUGUGCCAAGCAGGAUGCUCAUCAACUUUUAUCGUUCUUAAAGGGGUUGUCUCAUCAUGGACAAUCGCUAGGAUAUGCCCCCCAUUGUCUUGUAGGUUCGGGUCCCUCCGCUGGGACCCGCACCUAUAUCGAGAACAGAGCCCCGC